CAACCCUGCCUCUAAACUUUUAGCCAACGAGAGAGAGAGAGAGAGAGAGAGAGAGAGAUUGAGCGUGUAGAUCAGGAGUGAUGAGAAGCUACAUGUCAAUGGAUAUGGGGAUGAUUGUUUGUUGUGCUAUUGUUGUUGUUGUUGUAAUAUGGGAGGCAUGGAGAGUAUUGAAUUGGGUGUGGUUGAGGCCAAGGAAGCUAGAGAAGUGCCUGAGGCAGCAAGGUCUCACUGGGAACUCAUACAAACUCUACUUCGGAGACCUGAAAGAGAUGUCGGAGAUGCUCAAAGAAGCUAAGUCCAACCCCAUCCAUCUCUCCCAAGACAUCGUGCCACGAGUCAUGCCUUUCACCCAUCAAUGCAUCCGCAACUAUGGUAAGAAUUCCUUUAAAUGGGUUGGCCCCAAACCAAUGGUGCACAUCAUGGAUCCUGAACUCAUAAGGGAUAUAUUGACUAAGAGUGAUUACUUCCAGAAGCCCAAGGGAAAUCCACUAACCAAGUUGUUAGCAACUGGAUUGGCUUCUUAUAACGGUGAGAAAUGGGCUAAACACAGAAAGAUUAUCAAUCCUGCUUUCCAUCUAGAUAAGCUCAAGCAAAUGCUACCUGCCUUUUAUUUGAGUUGCAGCGAGAUUAUGAGCAAAUGGGAGAAGAUGGUGUCUAGGGAGGGGUGGUGUGAGUUGGAUGUGUGGCCUUGUCUUCAAACUUUGACCAGCAAUGCAAUUUCGCGCACAGCAUUUGGCAGUAACUAUGAAGAAGGAAGAAGGAUAUUUGAACUUCAGAAAGAACAAGCUGAGCAUCGAAUUCAUGUUCUACAUUCAAUCUACAUCCCAGGAUGGAGGUUUUUGCCAACUACGAGAAUCCAGAGGAUGAAGGAAAUCCAAAAACAAGUUCACGCCUCGAUAAAGGUUCUUAUUGAUAAAAGAAUGAAGGCAAUGAAGGCAGGAGAAGGCAAUAAUGAUGAUUUAUUGAGCAUAUUAUUGGAAUCCAAUUUCAAAGAAAUUCAGCAACAUGGAUACAAGAAUGUUGGAAUGAGUAUUAACGAAGUCAUUGAAGAGUGCAAGUUAUUUUAUUUCGCUGGGCAAGAGACUACUUCAUCUUUGCUCGUAUGGGCGAUGGUUCUAUUAAGUAGGCAUCAAAACUGGCAAACACAUGCUAGGGAAGAGGUUCUGCAAGUCCUGGGAAAUAACAAGCCAGAUUUCGAUGGGUUAAAUCACCUGAAAAUUGUAACAAUGAUUUUGUAUGAGGUUCUAAGGUUAUACCCACCGGUAGUUGCAAUUCAGCGAACCACUCAGGAAGAGACUAAAUUAGGAAAAAUAUCCCUUCCAGCUGGAGUGCAUCUCUCUUUACCAGCAAUUCUAAUUCAACAUGACCAUGAAAUAUGGGGUGAUGACGCAAAGGAGUUCAAACCAGAGAGAUUUGCUGAAGGGGUGUCAAAGGUCACAAAGGGCCAAGUUUCAUUUUUUCCAUUCAGCUGGGGACCCCGAAUAUGCAUUGGACAAAACUUUGCACUGAUAGAAGCGAAAAUGGCGCUAGCUAUGAUUCUACAACGCUUCUCGUUCGAGCUUUCGCCAUCCUAUGCGCAUGCUCCUUACACUGUCAUAACUCUUCAACCUCAGUAUGGUGCUCACUUAAUUUUACAUAAAGUUUAGAAUUCAAAGCUUUGCAAGAUUAGCAUUGAGAUUACCAGUUGGGGAUUUGUUUCUCAUGUAAUAUGAAUAUAUAACUUUUGGUAGAAAGUAUGACCGCUGUUGGAGCAAACAUGUUGAAAUUCAAAAAGCUCAGUCAGUGAAGUAACCCUUGCCU